GUAAUUGGGAAAGCCCGCGCAGAAUAAAGUCCAUUUCUUGAACAGUCUCUAUUUUGAAAAUAUAUGUAUCUGACUCUUUUACUGUACUUUGUAUUGGCAUUUGGGAGCCUUAUAGUAAUAGAAGUGAAAAGAAGCUAACUGUAGCUAAGCAGUUUCUUGGAAAAAAAAAAAAUGCAAAACAAGCGAAAGAGAGGAGAUGAUAUGAUCCCAGUUGUGAUAAUAGAAAACAGCAGCAGUGAAGAAGAAGAUGAUGUUGAUUACGAUGGUGAAGGUGAUAAAGAUAGUUGUGGUUUUUCCAAGAAGAGGAAGAAAAUGGGGUUUUCAUGUAGAGCUAACCAAACUACAGGUGGAGAGAAUGGUAGGAAAAGGGAGUCCAAAAUGUGGUGUCAUCAGUGUAAGAUGAGUGAUAAAGACAGAAUGGUGUGUUGUUCUAAAUGUAAAGUUAAAAGAUUUUGCCUUCCUUGCAUCACUCGAUGGUACCCUGGGAUGCCAGAGGAGGCCUUUUUAAAAGCUUGCCCUGUAUGUCGUAACCUUUGCAACUGCAUAGCUUGCUUGCGGUUGGAUGGGUUAGCUAAACAUUUGACGAAUGUAGAAGUGAAGUUCAGUGAUGAAGAAAAACUCGAGUACUCUAACCACAUCGUACGAGCACUUUUGCCUGCUUUGGAACAAUUUAAUACAGAGCAAAUGAUUGAAAAGCAGUUUGAGUAUCAGAGUCAAGCAUUUCCAGAUUCAAAGGUUAAUAUACAAAAAGCAAAAUACGAGAAGGAUGAGCGCAUUUAUUGCAACUAUUGCAGUGCUUUUAUUGUUGAUUUUCACCGGAGUUGUUCUAGCUGUUCCUAUGAACUUUGCCUUACUUGUUGCAAAGAAUUAAGGAAUGGCAAUCUCCAAGCAGAUGCAUCUGAAGUGAAGAUGCAAUAUAUUGACAAUGGACCAGGUUAUUUGCAUGGUAAAGGUUGUAGUAUAAUUUUUUCAGCUGGAACUACUGAAGUUAAAAUAAGGGAUAAGACCAAAGGGGCAAUGGCAUCUAACUGGAAAGCCAAGGAAGAUGGUACCAUUCCUUGCCCACCCAAAGAUAUGGGAGGUUGCAGUAAAGGAACCUUAAAGUUGAGAUGUAUAUUUUCUGAGAAUUGGAUAUCACAGCUGUUACAGAAAGCUAAAGAAAUAGCAGAAAAAUGUAAAUUGAAGGAAAUGCAUAAUGAUUCAGAACUGCACUUCUCCUGUUCAAAAUCUAAGGGUGCAAAUGGUGGCAAGCUACAUAAAGCAGCUGCUAGAGAAAAUUCUGAUGAUAACCAUGUAUUCUGUCCAGCAGCUGUGGAUACUCGGCGUGCAAAUUACAGGCAUUUUCGGGUCCAUUUGUUUAAGGGUGAACCAGUUGUUGUAACUAAAGUUCUUGAUAAUGCAUUGGGAUUGAGCUGGGAACCUAUGGUAAUGUGGCGUGCUUGUCGACAAACCAAGAAGGCUUCUGAUGUCUUAAAUUGCUUAAAUUGGUGUAAGUUGGAAAUGAACAUACACCAGUUUUUCAAAGGAUACAUGGAGGGUCGCUUUGACAGUUAUGGGUGGCCUCAACUCUUAAAAUUGAAUGACUGGCCGCCAUCAGGUCUAUUUGAUGAGCGGCUGCCGCGUCAUGGUGCCGAAUUUUCUAGUUGUUUACCUUUUAUGGAAUAUACACAUCCUCAAUAUGGCUAUCUCAAUCUCGCUCUAAGACUUCCUGAUAACUGUUCGAAGCCAGAUUUGGGGCCUAAGGCAUACAUUGCUUAUGAUUUUCCUGAGGAGCUUGGACGUGGAGACUCAGUCACCAAACUACACUAUGCUGUGACUGAUACGGUCAGUGUGUUGAUGCACACUCAAGCAGUGGUCCCACCAGUUGAACAACUCUCAGCCAUAGAGAACUUGAAACAGAUUCACAAAGCACAGGAUCAAAGGGAAUUUGGAGCUGAACACGAUUUGAGUGUGAAACAAAUAAAGUGGGAGAAGAAUACCAAUACAGAGAAGAUAUUAUUUCUCUUUUUUGGGCAGGAUAUGUCUGAAGGAUUUGAAGAAGCAGAUGGUGGUGCUCUAUGGGAUGUCUUUAGGAGGCAAGAUGUUCCUAAAUUGGAGGAAUAUCUCAGGAAGCACUUUAGGGAAUUUAGGCACACAUAUGGCUCACCAUUGCCGCAGGUUGUUCAUCCCAUUCUUGAUGAAAUUUUCUACUUGAGCACUGAGCAUAAAAGGAGGCUAAAGGAAGAAUAUGGCAUUGAACCAUGGACUUUUGUUCAAAAAUUAGGUGAAGCUGUUUUUGUUCCUGCUGGAUGCCCUCAUCAAGUCAGAAAUUUAAAGUCCUGUAUCAACGUUGCUGUUGAUUUUGUAUCUCCUGAAAAUGUGAAUGAGUGCAUCCGUCUGACCGAGGAGUUUCGCAAGCUUCCCAGAAAUCAUGAUGCUAGGGUAGAUAAGUUGGAGGUAAAGAAAAUAAUUGUUCAUGCGAUGAGCCAAGUAGUGGAUCAAUUAGAGAAGACACUAUUGAACUCUGAAGCAAGCAUCACUACAGGAUUAUCCUCAUCAAGUGCGAUCAGGAAAAGUAUAAAUGCUGUGCCAGGACCAAGUUUGCCAAAAUCUCCCUCAAUUUCUGAAGAUCUAUCCAGUAGCAAGAUAGCUAAAAGAGAAGAAUAUGUUACUCCAAGUGAGGAUGAGAAACCAAGAAUUGCUGAAGCUAAUCUACAUUCUCCGCUUCCUGUUCCUGAUCAUUUGUCGUCAGCAAACAAGGCUCAAGAAAGCACAUCAAUUCCUAGUGAAAAGUUGAAGCAGUCCAUCAAUGUAGAAGAUGUGGAAUCAACUUUCCACACGGUUCGAUCAUUCUUGAAGUCCUUACCGGAGCAGUUCUCCAACAAACAAUCAGGCCUCCAUAGCAACACUGCGAAGGUAAUAUUUGAAUUACUCAAUCAGACAGUCUUUGGAGGCAUUGGCUCAUGA